AUGUCCGUUCCCGCAUAUCGACAUCUCUGGCGCGCUGCGAGAAUCGCCUUCAAGGGGGACGACCGCGUUCUCACCGCCGCAAGACAACAAAUCCGCCAGGGUUUCCGCGACCAAGCCUCCCUGGCGCCUUCAGAUCCUUCCCUAAGACAGGCUAUUGAGAAAGCCGAGGAUAUCGCGAAGAUCCUUAGACAAAAUAUCGUCCAGGGGAAGCAAGACGAAGCCCGUGUAUACAAGCUGCGGAUUCACGAAGACACUGAACGUGGUGACAACGAUUCCGUUAAGACGGCCGGUGGCAGUCAGGCGGGCAGAUGUGGCUGCAACUAA